AAAAAAUAAUUUUUGGGGGUAAAAUGGAAAAUAAUAAAGUUUUGAGGGGGAAGUACUUACAAACUUAAAUGUUAGUGGGUAAUGUGAGUAAAUAUUCAAAUUUAGUUGGGGGGUGGAAUCGUCAUUUUACAAAGUCUGAAUUGUGUUUUCCUCUUCCCUUGUUCUUAUCAAUUUUCGUAAUUUGGUGGAAAUUCCCUCUGAAAGCUCAAUUCUCUUGAUCGAAAAGGUUGGAUCUUCAUUACAAUAAAAGGGCAGAAUAUCUGAAUGGAGGUGGAUCUCUUCGCGAACGAUGUAACUUCUCACAUCCUGGGAUUUUUGAACGAUCCAGUUGAUGUGAUACGCGCCGGCGCCGUUUCACAGUCGUGGCGUCAUUUCGUGAUUGCAAAUGGAAUUUGCAAAAAGCUAUGGUUAAAAAGGGUUCCUAUAAUCACCAGCAUUGCGUGUGAAGUCGAAGAAGGCGACGGGAUAAUCAAACUGUUGGAUAUCGGAUCUAGAAACUCCGUCAACUGGGAGACUCUCGAGACCGAACAUAGAAUCUUCUCUUCUCUCCUUCACCCUCUCGCGAAACAGAUCGUUUAUCCGAACGACAUCUUAGCUUUCCCGAUCGGUGCUUCGAGCACAGAUCACGGUCUAGCAGAAAACAUUAUCAACACUCUGACUCCGAUCGACCGAUACCCAAACGGUGCUUCGUACUGGUCUAGUAAAGGAGAGGUCGAUCCCGAUGUACCCGAGAAUAUAAUCUACAGACUCAAAUCGGGUGUGUGCAUUGUCACUGAAGUCAAUAUACGACCCUUUGAAGCAUUUUGGGAGUUUGGAAAGCCUGUUUACUCGGCAAAGUCGGUGCGUUUUCGGAUGGGUCAUCCGAAAUCAACACAAGAUAUGGGAAUGGAAGUAUUUCCGGUUGACAAGCCUUGUGUCGACAAGUACGAAUGGACAUAUACUUCACCGGAGUUUCCUAUGACACAGGAAGCAUGCUUGCAACAAUUCAAGCUACCAGAACCCGUCAUUUGCGUCGGAGGGGUUUUUCAGGUGGAGCUUCUCGGUAGGGCCCAGAUGGAAGAAAUAAACGGACUGUACUAUAUAUGUUUGGGUUACGUUAGGGUUUUGGGGCAAUCUCUUGACCCGGCAUACAAUCUUGAAAUGUAUCCAUCGGGAGAGUUUGGGCUAAGGUACUAUCCGCAUGGUCUCGACUAUGUUCUUAGAAGCAUCUCCGGCGAGAGUGUGCCGUCUAAAUACGACUCCGACGAUGAAACUUCGGCGGUGAUGGCGGCUUUACUGCCCGCGGAGAUGGUCGAGGAGGUGCUUAUGUCCGAUGAAGACGAGUGGUGGUGAUGAAACUAAUGCCCUGUUUUUUGUGUGUAUGUAAUAUAAUUACAUGUACCUAUAUUUUAUAGUAGUUUGAUAUAUGUAACCAGAGCUUAUGUGGAUACGGUUUACUUGCUAAUUGCAAAUACCUGAAUGUUUAC